UAUGCUAUCGUUCACAAAGCUAUGUGCUCCACCACCGGUUAUGAUCAUCUGGUUAGCGUACAUCUUAUAAUAAACUCGGAAACCAGUGGUUGGAAGCAACGAAGAGGAGAUGGCGGCGGCGUCCAAAACUUUGAAUCUAUCGUCCUCAACUUCGCCCAUUUCAUCUUCUUUCCUCUCUCCAACUCUUAGGAAUCUCAAGCGCUCCAACCUCUCUUUCCUUUUGUCUCGUUCUGCGUCCAACAACGCCUCUUUCAGUAUCAGAGCGACUUCCUUAUCAUCGCCGACCACUCACAUAACAGCCACCUCUACAUCCCAGUCGGAGUCUCCCGAUCGCUUCCGGGUGGACAUUCUUUCUGAGUCGCUUCCCUACAUCCAGAAAUUCAGAGGUAAAACCAUCGUCGUCAAGUAUGGCGGUGCCGCUAUGAAGGUUCCUGAGCUCAAGGCUUCUGUUGUCAGUGAUCUUGUCCUCCUCUCUUGUGUUGGCCUCCGUCCUGUACUUGUCCACGGUGGAGGGCCGGAGAUCAACCACUGGCUUCAACUCCUCAACAUACAACCUCUCUUCCACGAGGGCCUACGAGUCACUGAUGCUAAGACGAUGGAAAUCGUGUCUAUGGUCUUGGUUGGUAAGGUUAAUAAGGAUUUAGUUUCUCUCAUUAACAAGGCUGGUGCUACUGCCGUUGGGCUUUCUGGUAUGGACGGGCGCCUUCUCAUGGCUCGACCUACCCCCAAUUCAGCCCACUUGGGUUUCGUCGGAGAAGUCAGCCGUGUUGAUUCCACCAUCCUACAGCCACUCGUUGACAAUGGUCACAUCCCAGUGAUUGCCUCCGUGGCGGCCGAUGAGUCUGGCCAAUCAUACAAUAUCAAUGCCGACACGGUGGCUGGGGAAUUAGCGGCUGCCUUGGGGGCUGAGAAGCUUAUUCUGUUGACGGAUGUGGCGGGCAUACUGGAAAAUCGGGAUGACCCAAAGAGUUUGGUGAAAGAGAUUGAUAUAAAGGGGGUGAAGAAGAUGAUAGCAGAAAAGAAGGUUGCCGGUGGAAUGAUUCCAAAGGUCAAUUGUUGCGUACGGUCACUUGCUCAAGGUGUGAGAACUGCUAGUAUCAUUGAUGGGCGAGUUCACCACUCUUUGCUCCAUGAGAUUAUGUCAGAGGAAGGCAUUGGAACAAUGAUUACUGGGUAACAUGUAGCCACUCUGCUUUGUAUUGGCAUCUCCUCAUUGUUGUUAUUGCAUUUUUGACUUAGAUGAAUGAAUUACUGAUUAUUCUCUA